GGGGUAUCAUUUUUUUAUAAAUAAUUUUGUAUAAACAAAAUAUAAGCCUCUAAAGUAGAACAAAUUUAUCAAAAAGAUGAUAAAAUUUUAACCAAAUGGGAGUAACAGCUUAGCACGCUAAAUUUUUAGCUGCUAGACAGCUAGCUAGUGCCACACAUAUGUUAUACAACAAGAGAUCAGGGAGAGAGAGUUGAGGGUGUAAUUUGGGAUGGCUGCAACUAAAGCAAAGGAGCUAUACUUUGUCUUCAUGAAUCUUGACCCAGAAUAUGAGCGUCUACGAUCUAAAAGCAGUGCAAAGAGGGGAAGUGAUGAAGAGCUAGAUGAGUAUUUGAGCAAGAAACACGAUGAGUUGUUGGCCAAUGCUAUUGAGAGUAUUGGGGCCCUCAUUAUUUCUAUUAUUAAAUACGUAGUAUGUAAUGUGUGGUGUCUCCUUAUUAUAUAGCAUGUGUGUGUGGGUUACUUAAGGUGCAUGGCCCUCUACCUUAUUUUCCAUCAAAAUUAUUGUAAUAUUUAUACAACAUGUAAUGGAAGCUACGAAGUAGUUGUGCGCAUGAUUUCUAUCUUACAUGAAACUUAGUACUCUCAAUAUCAGUUCUUACUUUUAUCAUUGAUUCUUCAUUUUAUCAUGGUAUCAGAGCCGAAACCUGGCAGUCAAAAUACUAGUUAAAUUUUGAGAGUUUAAUUGUUUUUUUUUUCAAGGUGCUCGAAUCGGAAUGACAGAAAUUCCGCCUCGCACUCGCACUUGGAUCAUUGAUUCCGGUGCAAGUGAACAUAUCACUUGUGAUAGUGCAAAUCUUAUCAAUUCAUUCACUCAUCCAUCCGACUCAACAGUGAGAAUCCCGAAUGGAGAAUCAGUCCCGGUUUCUGCCGUUGGAAGUCUGAAUCUGCCUAAUGGAUUUUAUCUUCGACGUGUUCUUUAUGUCCCACGGUUCCAAUGCAACUUACUUUCUGCUAGCCGCCUCACAAUUGAUCUCAAUUGCUCGCUCACUUUUUUCUCAGAUUCCUGUAUAUUACAGGACUUACCUUCUGGAAAAAUAAUUGGUAAGGGUUUAUUCCGCAAUGGUUUAUACUACCUGGAAUUACCCCAAGGUGAAGGGAUAGCAAUGGCAGCUACCCUUGAUUUUGGACUAUGGCACCAACGUCUUGGACAUGCUUCAAGUGGAAAAUUACAACACAUCACUUUUCUCAAAGGUCUGCGACAAAGCAAUAGCUUUUGUGAUCCAUGCUUACGGGCUAAGCAAACACGCCUACCCUUCCCCAAGAGCACAAGUAAGACUACUCGUCGUUUUGAAUUAAUACAUUGUGAUAUAUGGGGAGGUUAUAGGUAUGACUCCACUUCAGGGGCACGUUAUUUCUUGUCUAUCGUAGAUGACUUCACCAGAGGAGUUUGGGUUUAUCUUUUGAGAAAUAAAUCUGAAGUUUGUCAAAAAUUGUUACAAUUUUGCAAUUUAGUAGAAACUCAAUUUGAGGCACGAGUUAAACGUAUACGUUCAGAUAACGGAGUGGAAUUUCAAACCAACAUUUUAUCUGAAUACUAUGCUCGUUGUGGAAUUAUUUUUGAAACAUCAUGCACGGAUACUCCCCAACAGAACGGGGUUGUGGAGCGUAAGCAUAGACACAUUUUGGAGAUCGCUCGAGCACUCCGUUUUCAGUCAGGGUUGCCUAUUGAUUUUUGGGGAGAAUGCAUUCUUACAGCUGUUUAUAUUAUAAACAGGCUACCAUCACCUAUUAUUUCAAACAAAAGCCCUUAUGAGAUGUUAUUUGGGAAGGAACCCAAUUAUGAACAUUUACGUGUUUUUGGGUGCUUGGUUUAUGCACACAAUAAUAAACGUAAAGAUAAAUUCAGUGAAAGGGGGAGUCCAUGUGUUUUCCUUGGGUAUCCCUAUGGUCAAAAGGCCUAUAGGGUAUUUGAUUUACAAAAACAAAGUAUUUUUAGCUCCCGAGAUGUGACAUUCUUUGAAAGUGAAUUUCCAUUUAAAAUGAUAAAUC